GGAAUGAGCAUUCGACUGUACUUACGUGGUGUAGCUCGUCUCCGUGGGUCCGGCAGUCACUGAUGAGUUAUUUGUGCCGUUGGCCGAUGCAGAGAUAGUGCUAGAGACUCCUGUUGCAAGCGCUGUACCAAAGCCGGUUGUGUUGGCAGAAACAGUCGGGAUGCCGCUGGCACUCGAAGUAGGGUCUGAGCUAGUGAUUGGGGCGGAGACUGUUUCUACGAUGGCUGACCCAUUCGUGGUGCAAGUGGUGUAGCUUGUAUCGCUUGGUAGCGUGAUGCUGCUGUUUGCAGUCGUAGAUGCAGAGCCGGAAAUCCUGCUCGAUCCUGAAGCGGUGGGGAAGGCAGCAGUACUGCUGUUUCCGGCGUCCAAAGAAGAACUGACUGAUGCAGACACCGGCACGGAGGACGUAAGUCCAGAUGGGUCGGCGCUCGACGUAGGCGAAGUGCUGGCUGAGGGUGAAGAGCUUGCAAUGCCCGUUGGGUCGGCGCUGGCGGUAGAUGAGCUAGUGGCUCCUGACGCAGUCGGGGAGCUAGUCCCCGUCCCGUUUGCGGUAGCGAAGGAUGAGGCGACCGAGAGCGAAGAGGAAAGGCCAGUCGAGCCGGCGGUUCCUGAGACCGAGCCACUUGCUCCGGUGGCCGUCGGGAGGCUGGCAGUGGUGUCGUUAAUGUCACUCGCAGACGAUGUGAUCAACGCUGUGCCAGAUGCUGUCGAGCUGGUGGCAGGUGUAGAAACACCGUUACUGGAGGGGCUUGUGGGAUCAGUAGAGGCCAAUGAGGAAGAGGCACCGGUGCCGCUGGCGCUGGAUGAAGUCGCCACGCUCGCAUUCGUGUUACCCAAAGACACAGAGCCCGUCAGACUCGCUGUCGUUGUGGCGGACCCAGCGGGUGUCGUCGUGAUCGAGCUACCGUUAGUGGUCUCUGUUCCUGUAGUGGUCACUGAUCCUGAAACGGAGCCGCUGCUUGAGCUGUCUGUCACGGAGCCAGUUGUUGCCGACGAACUCGAGCUUGCUGGCGCAGAGCUUGACACGGAGCUGGAAAUGCCGGAAGCGGAGUCUACGACUGAGGUAGACGAGCCAGACACCGAAGUAGACGUUGCGGAAACUGUCACUGAGCCCAGAGUACCCGAUGCCGAAGUCGUAGCGGAGCUUGGAGCGGAAGUAGUCGUACUAUUGCUUGCGACCUUUAGUGCAGCAGUCGUUCCAACCUGUGUAGUAAGCCCGGUAACAUCACUGUAGAGUGUGCACGUCGUUGAAGUCACAGUGAUAGCAACGCAAGCUUCCAAAGCAUCGCAAGCACUCAUGCAGGAACUCACUGUGACAGUAUCACGCUUCGUAGACACGCUGCUCGUGGAAUUGAUGACCGUUCCACCGUAAGUCUGGUCACAGCUGAUCGAGUACGUGGUGUUACCAUUAGAGUAGUCGGUACCGUUGGAAGCGGGGCAGACAACGUUGUUUGCGGGUGUCGCGGUAGAUGUCGCGCUUGGGCUUGACGUCGCCGAGGAAGUCGUGGAAACAGCGCCGCUGGAGGCGCCGAGCGAGCCUACACCAGAGCUCGUCGGUCCUGCAGAACUU